AUCGAAACAAAAAUGCAACCCUGCUUGCUGAAUACUUGCUUCGGCCGUUUCGUCCGUAAAAUUUGUUCGUUCGUCUAACCUACAGAGAGUACACGUCGUUGUGCGAUUCAUUGCAUUAAAAAAGUGAAAACGUGAAAAUUCCCUUGGAUUUACAAAACAAAACAGAGUGCCGUAAUUGACCAGAAGCUUUAACCAUAUACCUGCUGUUUUACACAAAUAAUAUUUACGAAUAUUUAUUUCCACUUCUGCAAAAAUGACAGACUCAAUGAAAUUUGGUCCAGAAUGGCUUCGUAACAUGUCUGCGGAUAACACAAACUCUAGUCUGUUGUCUAGUGGAGGCGUUACUGGCGGAGGUAACGUAAUGACCACUUCAUCCAAUUCAAAUAACGGUGGUAACGGAGGUGGUCAUCAAUCAUUUGGAAUAACUUCAAGUGUGUCAUCACCAGCAAUUACUCCAUUUUCCUAUGCUUUAGCUCCUAGAAAUACAUUUCCAGAAUUUCGUUAUGGCCGGGAAGAAAUGCUGUCAUUAUUCGAUAAAAACUAUAACAUGCCUGAAAUACUACCAACGUUUAAGAAGAUAUUUGUUGAGAAGGUGCAAUUGCCACUAGCUCUUACACCAAGCACAGAUGAAGAGCUCUUGCCACAAGUGCCACCGGUUACAACCCAAAGACCUUCAUGGAUGCAACGCUCACCAGUUGGCUUCAAUACUUCCACAAGAGGUGUGGGAAGAGGGUGUUCGGUAGACCGAGGUCGGAUGCGUGGUAAGCCUAAUUAUCAUCAAAUCUACCAACGACCAACUGCCAUGUUCGGCGACGAUGAUCCACGGUCAAUACCUGUCAAGGCUGAUCGCGGAUGGCCGGAACGCAAUGGCGGUGGCGAUUCAUUGAAUACAGGAGGCGGCAAUAUGUGUGGCAUCGGCGGCAUUAGUUCAGACUGGAAUGGCACCCCAACUUCAAGUCCACGAAAAGAAUUUUCUAGCCACCCUCGAAACAUGGAAAAUUGGCGUCGUAAUCGCAAUGAAGAUGGUUCGGGUGAUGCUCCUAGUGGUGGUUUGGGCGGUACUGAAGGUUGGCGUGGUAAUAGUGGAACAGGCGGUAAUUUCACAGCAACACAUCGUUGGGGGCGUUCGACAAGUUGGCGUGACGAAGAUGUGGCGGCGGCUAAUAUAACUGAUGUGGGGUAUAGCGGUGGUAGCGGGCAUAAUUUGACAAUGCAACGUUCUUAUUCUACCAUAACUACUGUGAACGAACGUGGUGGCUAUAUUAGCAGUUCCUCAAAAGCACCACCGAAUUCGUUAAACGGCAACCAAGCUUCUAGUCGAACUUUCAACUUCUUAUCUGGAAUAAACACACCUUUAGCGCGAUCUGGGCAAUGGAAUAGUCAAAGUGGUGGUAUAGGUAACUCUUCAGGCGGAGAUGUAGAAGACAAUUUGCCCGAAUGGGCUAUGGAAAACCCAUUGGAAGGUGGGGGAACCUUCGAUGCAAGCGGUGCAUUUCACGGUUCUGUGGACGACGAAAAUGAAAAUAUUGACAAACAAACCCGAAAAAAGAGCGAUUGCAGCAGUGAAAGUUCUGCACGCAAUAAUGGGAGUAGCGUCAAAGACAGCAAAUCCUCAGAGACUUCCACUGGGAGGACAACAGCAUCUCUUGAAAAUGAACACAACAAGAGUAAUGUGUCUGACUCUUCUGAACAUUCGUCUCCAUGUACACCUAUAGAGGGUCUAUUAGAUCUGCAUAAAGAAAAAUCUUUAGAAACAAAAACAGAGGAUAUUGCACAAAAACCAGACACGUCAAAACAUGUAUCACCUCAAAUACAACAAGAACAAACCUCGGACUUGUGUAGUAGAGAUGUAACGCCUACAACAGUUGCAUCUUCAAAUUCCGCUUUUUACAACGCUGACAACGCGACGAAUAAAAUCAAUACUAAUAUUGAUGGUAACGGCAAUGUUCAUCGUGAUUUGUCGGAUCGUAUGCGGGAGGUCACUGAUAAUAUGAUUGAAAAAUUGAUUAUGGAGGAUGAUACCAUUGAUAAUAAUGUUCGAAAUGAAGUAAAACAGGACGCUUCUCCCUUACCAGUGCAAGUCACUGUGGCACCACCUAAUGCUGCAGCUAAUAACCUAUGUGCUCCUAAUGUUUUUACAAGUGUUGCAGCCAUGCUUAAACAACCUACGCAGCAGUCGAACGAAGGCCCCGUAUCGGUUUCUCCUACGUUAACACCAGCCCUCACGGAAGGUCUGCACAAGGGCAUACAGCUUUAUGGUGGCGGUGUAGUCGUGGAUCACGCUACGAUGCAGCAUCACCACAUGCAGCAACAUCAACUUGCCGCUGCUGCUGUAGCAAAUAUUGCAACAGUUGGUCGUCCUUCUCAAAAUAUAAAUGCUACAACAUUGCCAGCAGGGCCAACCGACCUUUGGUAUUAUAGAGAUCCUCAAUCAAAAGUUCAGGGCCCAUUCACAGCGAUCGAAAUGACCGAGUGGUAUCGCGCGGGCUACUUUAAUGAGAAUUUGUUUGUACGCCGUAUUUGUGAUACACACUUCCGUUCUCUGGGGGAAUUGAUAAAGAUUUGUAAUGACAAUAUGCCUUUUACACACAGCCAUCUUAUACCAAAUUUAGACAAUAUACAUUUAGCUACUUCGCCGACAGUGGGGCAAACGCAAAAGCCCCACGUAAGUAGAGAUUAUAGUCUAAAGCAACAGACUCAUCAGCAAGCUGAACUACAACAGCAACAGCAGCAGCAGCAACAACGUGAUCAACUUAAAAGCAACUUGAGCCCGGGAGUUGAAUUUCUUAGCGGCAAUGUAAAGAAUCUUAUACCUGUAGGUGUAUCCAAUAUGUACUUUCAGAUGAUACGUCAUCAAGAGAUGUUGAUAUAUAACGAGUUAUCGGAAAAUGAAUGUUUCCAGCAAUUAACACAAGCAGAAAAGGAGACGGUGGUACGACAAAAGUUGCAAAUGUGUGUGGAAUAUUUGCCCAAUAGACCAGGUUUGAGUAAUUCAGUAGCUGCGAUGAAUCACUCGGGAACCACAAAUCAGUUGUAUGACAUAAUGGAUGGCGCUAAAAAGGACCAUAUGUUUAGUGGCACUGCAACUGGAUAUCCAAAUGUACCACAACAGCCGCCACCAAAUUCGUUUAUGGAACAUGAUGAUUUUCUUAUUAAUACCCAACAACACCAACAACAUAUGCAGACUGUAUUCAAUAACACUACGUUUGGAAAUGUAAUACCAUCUGGCGUAGAAACUAGUAAUUCUGGCAAACUAAAUCGUGGAAUCGUGGAGGAACAAGCAGGCAAUGAGUUGCUUAAUAGUUUUAACAUGAGAAUGUUUUUACCUUCAAAUAAUGGUGAACAACCUUUACUACCCAAUCCUAAGCCUCAGGAGUUUAUUGGAUCACCUAAUGCUGAUUUUCUGAAUGAAGCACAAUUGUUAGCUGCGCGGAAUUCGUUAGCUCAAACCAACCCUCUAGCACACUCAUGGUUACCACCGUUAGCUAAUCGCGCUCCUAUCGGUCCCCAUCAAGUUCCGAAUGAGUGGCCAAAUAAUUUAUUAGUAGGCAUCCCAAUGACAGUCGCAGCGGGUUGUAACAAUACCGCCGUCAAUGGAAAUAAUCUGACACAAGAAAUUCAGCUACAGCCGGAACAACAUCCACAAAAAAUUAUUCCAGUAUCUAUGUGGGAUCUACCCAUAUUGGAGUCCACUCCAAGUGAGCAAAUAAAGUCGCAGCAGCCAGUGGAAUGCGAAGCCACAAACUAUGAAAAUCAUAAAUCGUCGCAUGAGCUAGCUACGUGUUCUAAGCAAGAGCAUACAUAUGUAAAUGACGGACAGCCCAAGGGGUCCGCUACGACUCCUGAAAAACAGGCUGAUGCACCAAAAGAAACUCAACAGCAGAGUUCGCCAGCAGUUGCACUUCCAACAUCACCCAUAACAAAACAGCUCAAAGAUGAUGCUGGUGGUAAAAAUCAAAAUAUUAGUACAAAACGCGCAGUUAAGCAACAGAUCAUAACCAAUAAGAAUGCAAAGGCAACUGAGGAUAGUUCUAGCGGCAAGAAAACUGAAGAGGAACGGCGUCGAGAUCAAGCUGAGGAUAAGCGUCGACAGAAGGAGGAAAAGAAGCGGCAGCAAGCGGAUGAAGAAAAGCGUCGCCAACAACAAAUCGACGAUGAAAGGCGUCGACAAAUGCUUGAGGAAAAAGAACGGCAACAGCAGAUUCAAGUGCAGCGGCGCAAGGCAAUGCUAGGCAAUAACGCCAAUAUAAAUAAUUCUAUUGGUUUAGUCGAAUCGGUGAAUGUAGGUGCUAAACUUACUAAGGAAAAUCCGCGCAUUCAAUCCUCGGUUGCACCAUGGUCUGCUCAAAGCAAUGCAGCUUCUUCAAAGGGUGGUCCGUGCCUAGCAGAAAUACAAAAAGCUGAAAGGCGAGAACGCCAAAUGGAGCAACGUCAAAUGGAAAUGUUUGUCAAACGUGUCCGUGCUAGCGCUGCCGCUGCAGUUGAAGCAUUCGAUUCCAUGUUGAAAUGGAACGCUCCCGUAAAAGAUGUUCCAGUUAAAAGUUUUGCUGAAAUACAAGCUGAAGAAGCUAAGCGCUUAGCUAAUGAGCAGAUUGAGCUGCAACGCCGCAAGGAACAGGAACAGCAACAAGUUACAGCUGUCAUGGGUACAAACAGCAAUGCAGGUGGUGGGCCCAAUAAUAUUUCUGCUAUAUGGUCAGGAACAAAAGUUUGGGGUUCAACAAGCACAACUGGUUUCUGGGAAGAACCAAUCAAAUUCAGUGCUGCGGUUGCUGCAAAUAAUAAUGCUGGCGGUGGCAAUGCUGUAGGAUCCAGUUCUGCAAGCAAUAUUGUUAGCAAAACAUCUUCACCUGGACAACAGAAACUAGCAUCAUCCGUUUCUGCCGGUAACACAGGCAUAACUACUAGUGGACCAGUUGCAAACCAGCAGCAAAAUGCGGCAGUACGUAACUUACGCAAAAGUCAAACUGUGUCCAUUAUGCAGAGUGCUGGAACUCAAAAUGGUAAAAGUUCAAAGAACAACCAACAGCCAAGCAACAAUGCAGGAAAACCAGGUCUAACUAAUAAAACUCAACCCCAAAAGUCUACUGGAAAUACUGCUGAAGGUGGUGCUGGUCCUGAUAAAAGAGUCUCGACAAAAACUCAAUCGAAUAAUGCGUCUAGCCGUGCCAGCGACACUAACAAUAAGCGAGAUGACUAUGAGAACGAGUUCAUUACCUGGUGUACGAAGAGUCUAAACAACAUGAAUACAAAACUGGAUGUGCCUACAUUUGUAACAUUUUUACGAGACUUGGACUCACCAUAUGAGGUUAGAGACUACAUACGAAUGUAUUUAGGUGAAAAUAAAGAGUCUACAGACUUUGGGAAGCAGUUUCUUGAACGCCGCAGCAAAUAUAAAAACUUACAACGUGCACAAAAUGCGCAUAAUGAUGACAUGUGUAAACCGGCACCAGCCAUAACACCAUCUGGCAAUGAUAACUCCGACAAUAAGGGUAAACAAAAGAAAGUCAAGAAGAAUAAAAUGACUAAACUGGACGCACGCAUUUUGGGCUUCUCCGUUACUGCUGCUGAAGGUCGUACCAAUGUUGGAGAUCGAGUUUACGUGGAUGCGCCAUAAAUACAGAGCUGUAAAAAACAUUUUAUAAUCACUCUCGCGCAAACUAUGUAAAUCUUGGAAAUUUCACACCGAACUUUAACCCCAGCUGAGAAACAAGGGCAUAUAAUAUCUUCACGUAAUAAUAGCUAUGAGAUGAAACGAAUAACACAUUUAUUUUGUUUCCAUUUACAAUCUUUACAUACAUAUUUUUUAAACUUGAAUUGAAUUAUGCGUUAUAUAUAUUUUGUUAAAUAAAUAUUCUUUCCUUUAAAAAGAAACAAAAAAA